CCUCAAACUGACAAGUGGUCAACAGCCAUUAGUCCCCAUUUCAAAGUCUCACACUUUCAAGUUUGAAAUCAUGAAACCUCUCCCAAAGAAAAGGAUUCACAAAAGUUAGGAACAAAGGAAGAUGAAAGUUCUCACUAUAAAACCGAAGAAACAGAAGUAAUGCUGAAGUAAACCUCCAUUUUUAACCAUCCAGAACCUUUCUCUUCUCUUCAAUGCUGAAACCAAUAAAUUGAAAAUGAAAAUGGAGUGUUGGGUUUUUUUGGGUUUUCUUCUAAUUGGUGUAGUUCCCGCCGGAGCCGUCGUGGGUGUCGGCGGAGGAGUUGGUUUCGGCUUUGGGGUCGGCGGCGGAGGGGGAGACAAUCCGAAUCCGGUGCCGUUAGGGCCUCCAUCUCAGGAACAAAACAGAGCAUACUCUGUUCUUCAGGCAUGGAAAUCAGCAAUUUCCGACGACCCCACCGGCGUUUUAGCCACCUGGGUCGGCUCCGACGUCUGUUCUUACAAGGGAAUAUUCUGCACUGAUCAUAAAUCCGGCGAAAUUUCCGUCACUGGAAUCGACCUAAACGGCGCAAAUCUCAGAGGAACCCUCGUCAAAGAGCUUGCUCUGCUCUCUGAUCUGACCCUCAUUCACUUAAACAGCAACAGAUUUUCCGGCGACGUCCCGGCCACUUUCCGGCAACUCCCCUCCCUCCAAGAACUGGAUCUCAGCAACAACAAUUUCUCCGGCCCUUUCCCUUACGUCACUCUCUACAUUCGAAGGCUGAUCUAUUUGGACCUCAGAUUCAAUUCCUUCUCUGGACCGAUCCCAGAAGCUUUGUUCUUCCAAGAAUUGGACGCCAUUCUCAUCAACAACAAUCAAUUCGACGGCGAAAUCCCACAAAACCUCGGGAAUUCGCCGGCUUCCGUCAUAAAUCUGGCGAAUAAUCGGUUCACCGGCGCGAUUCCGGCGAGUUUUGGGUUCAUGGGUCCGAGAUUGAAGGAGAUUCUGUUUCUGAAUAACCAAUUAACCGGCUGCAUUCCCCAGGGAGUUGGGUUUUUGUCACAGAUUGAAGUUUUGGAUUUCAGUUCAAACAAAUUGUUCGGUCGUCUCCCCGAUUCGUUCUCUUGUUUGAACGAACUUGAGAUUCUGAAUGUGGCGCAUAACGAGUUAUCCGGCGUCGUUUCGGAUCUGGUCUGUUCUUUGAGAAGCCUCGUGAAUCUGUCCAUCGCCGACAAUUUUUUCUCCGGCUUCAAUCAGCAGUGUCGGAAUCUGUUCGGCGGGUUCGAUUUGUCGUUCAAUUGUGUUCCGGGGCUGAAUAUGCAGCGGCCGCCGCCGGAAUGCUCCGCGAUUCCGGGAAUCGGGCUGAAUUGUCUCCCAGUUACGUGGAUUCCGCGGACGCUGGUUUGUGGGCGGCUCGUCGGAAUGUCGCCGUGAGAAGCGGCGGCGGUGGCCGGAGUACCACGGGUAGGUAAUGGGGUGUGGGAUUAUUUAAUGGCAAUAACUAUACAGAUUUUUGGUUCUUUUUUUUUCCUCUCUUUUUGGGAAUCUGAAGGGGGAAUUGAAUGCAAAUCUUUUUCACAUUUAAUUCUUCAUGGAAACGGUACAUCUGAAAUCAGUGGUGUUGAUAGUCCAAAAAUUUGGCACAUUUUGAUCUAA